UAAUUACUUAGUUUCUUUCACUCCCUUCAUUGUUUCUCGAUCACACUCUCUUUUUCUCUGCUUUCUACUCCUCCUACAAUCUUUCUCUGACAAAUCAUACACCUCUUACUUUCUGUAGUCAUUCCCUCUCCUGCCAUCAGUUUCAUUCACUAUCUUACCACUUUAUGACUCUCAUCUGAGUGCCAAUUUCUUUAUUUCUUUUUCUGUCAAUACCCUGCACUUUUUCUGGCUAUAUUUGUUUCUAUUAUCUAUUUUAUCAAUUCUCUUCAACUAUCUCACAAUUCCUCUUACACACAAACUCUCCUCCUCCUUUUCUUGUUCCCCCCUUUUGCUCACAACCCUCCCUCUCUCACAGUUGAGAAGCAGAAUCUUUCGGCUCAGCAUCUUGCUGUGGGAUUUUUCUGCAAUCAGCUCUUUCCCCUCUAAGGAUGUCUGAAACAGGAGCCAGCACUAACACUGCUAGUUAGAAGUCUCGUUUGGUGGAGUUGGAGGACAACCAGGAUUUCUCUGUAGGAUUCCCCUGAACUGGACUAAAUACCUUGGAAACAUGAAUGUGCUGACCCCAGUGGUACCCUGCAGCCUCUUCCUACUAGCUCAGGCUGCUCUUUCUUUCUCUCUGUCACCUCCUGUCACCUGGCCAUCACAUACGGACUGUGUCCAUGCCAAUGAGCUGUGUACGGCAGACCAAUCCUGCAGCUCACGGUAUAGAACAUUACGUCAGUGUUUGGCUGGGAGAGAUCGUGAUGCUCUGCUGUCCAGUCAGGAAUGCAAGAACGCCAUGGAGGUGCUUCAGGAGAGUCCACUUUAUCUGUGCCGCUGCCGCAGAGGCAUGAAAAAAGAGUUACAGUGUCUUCAAGUCUACUGGGGCAUCCAUGCUGGUCUGACUGAAGGAGAUGAGUUCUAUGAAACGUCCCCAUAUGAGCCAGUCACUUCCCGUCUAUCGGACAUCUUUCGGCUGGCAUCGAUCAACUCAGGUUCUGAACCUGUCUCUUCUAAACAUAAUGCCUGCCUGGACGCUGCCAAAUUCUGUAAUGUGAAUGAUGCAUGUAAGCGGCUCCGUUCCACCUAUAUAUCAACCUGCAACACAGGAGGAGAAGGCGAGAACUGUGCCCGACGCAAGUGUCACAGAGCCCUGAGGACUUUUAUUGAGCGAAUUCCAGCAGAUCUCUCCUAUCCCCUUCUAUUUUGCCCUUGUCGAGACCAGCCCUGUGCAGAGCGACGGCGUCAGACUGCAGUGCCAGAAUGCUCAUUCAAGCGCCCAGAGAUGCCCAACUGCAUGGAAAUUUGGUCAAACUGCAGGCAGGACCCUGUGUGCAGGUCAAGGCUAUCAGAUUUUAUUACCAGCUGUCAAAGCUCUCCUCAGUCGCUGAGUGGGUGCGUUCGUGAUAACUAUGCAGCUUGCCUAGGGGCCUAUGCAGGAAUAAUUGGAUUUGACGUGGCCCUAAACUUCUUGGAUUCCGACCCUCACUCCUUUUCCAUCGGGCCCUGGUGUUCAUGCAGUGGAAGUGGAGAUCAGGAGACAUGGUGUGAGAGAUACCUCAAGGAGUUCACACAAAACCGCUGCUUGAGAAAUGCAAUUCUGGCAUUUGGGAAUGGCACGGAUGUAGUACAUAGACAGAGUGUGACCAGCUCACCCCACACCACAAUCACCCCAAAAGUGGAGGCAAGUAAUGUUCUUCCAGAUAAUCAGAGUGACAGCAAUAUCAUGCCCGAGGUUGACCAUGGCAUCUGCACAUCCUUCAAGGAGGUAAAGAAUAGCAGCUCUCCACAACUCAUAAUAUGUGUCUCUGAGUCCCAGCGCAACAUGCCCAAUUUGAGGACAGAUGAGGAAAGCCACUCUGGGACACCGCAACUCCAAGCAUCAGUUGUAUUCAUCAGUUUCACUCUUCUUUGCCAUUUGUCUUUGUCCUAAAGCUUCCUGAUGAUUGGAUAUAAUGUCCCUGUCAAAGGACUAAGCCCCCAAUCUUUAUUCAUCAAAGGGCCUCUGUGAAAUUGACGACACUCAUAAGGCGAAUGAGGAGCCACUUCUCUAGGAAAGAGGGGAGGGACAGAAACAAAUCAGAUGUAAAGUUUAAUGUAGAUUCACCAAAUUUUGCUUGUUGGGAAAUGUUUCCUAACUGACCAAUGUACAUAUUGACAAUUCAAAUAAUAUGAAUAUGUGAACAUCAUGUAUACGUACGUUGUUUGUAAAUCGGACUGUAAGAGUACCAAUGUAAAGAAAGGGAAAGGAGUAAUUGAUAGAGGAAUUCUUUACACACCUUGUCUAGAUGUAUGUCUAAUGGAUAAAUACUUUGCAGUUUUUAUUGGUGCUGGGAAGUUAUGGACCUUGUGUUGUUUUUGGCAAGACAAGUGUGUAAAGGUUCUUCAGGUUUAUGGCAGGAGUGUGUAAUGGGUUUUCACGUUUAAAUAGAAAACAUAUAUUUGGAGUGAUGGUCCUUCUCUUUUGUAGGGGCAUUGGAAAGGUGCUCUAUAUACAUCUAUGAUUUGAGAUAGGAGAGAGUGUGCUGGCAUGAUGUUCUGCUGGACAGGGCACAGUAUAGUCAUAAAGGACAAGCCAACUGGAAGAGAAAUGUUAUAGGAGAGAUGAGAAAGUAAAGAAGAGAAAUGACAAAAACUCUGGAUGGAGAUUGUUUAUUAGGUGCCUCUUUCUGUGCAUCUUUUGCUGUAUAUAUCCCUAAAUAUUUAUAAUGUUUUCUGGAAUUGCAUUUUUCUUCAUUUUAUGAAUUAAAAUGUGUUGAUCCUGUA